AUGAUUCUCACAAGUCUCUCUAUUUUUUCGAUAGGCACGUCCGUUAAUCGACCCAAACUGUGUCCUUCUGCAACAUGGAAUACAACAGCAACUACCUUUGCAGAUAUGAACGCCGUUGGUAUAUAUCCACGUGGAAUUUUCAUUAACAAGAAUAACAUGAUCUGUGUUAUCAAUCAACAAUUGCAAAGUAUUCAAAUAUGGACUAAUGGCUCGUCGACUCCAAUACUAAUCGCUGUUCGAAACAAUAGCUACCCAAUGAGUCUGUUUGCUGCCGACGAUGACACUAUCUAUGUAGAUGAUGGCAGUGCUUACGUAAGUGUUUGGCAGCUAAAUCAGCCAGGUCAUCGUCCAUCAUUGUAUACUGGUGAUAGAUGCUAUGGUCUUUUUAUCGACACAAAAAAUUCACUUUACUGCUCCUUGUACAACAGACAUGUUGUCAUCAAGCGGUCACUGAAUAGUAGUGAUGUUCAGAUGACAGUUGUCGCAGGCGAAAGUUGCUACGGAUUUUUGGGUAAUAAGCUUUAUUUUCCCAUGGGAAUAUUUGUUGAUGGAAAUUACAAUUUAUAUGUGGCUGAUUAUGCAAAUCACCGAAUUCAAUUUUUUGGAUCAGGACAAUCAAAUGCAACAACGGCAGCUGGGAGUGGAGCACCUGGAACAAUCGCACUAUAUUAUCCAACUGAUGUCAUGGCUGACGCUGAUGGAUACAUAUAUAUAUUGGAUCACAAUGAUUAUCGUAUUAUAGGAUCCACCUCUUAUGGCUUUCGAUGUGUAGCUGGAUGUACUGGUUCAAGUGGUUCUGCAGCUGAUCAAUUGGCUGAUUCAUGGAACAUAGCUUUCGAUGUGUAUGGAAAUAUUUUUAUUGCUGAUAGUGGCAACAAUCGUGUACAAAAGUUUCUUCUAGCUACCAACUCUUGUGAUGCGACUACUACCAGUCAGCAGACGUCGACACCAUCAGUCAAUGCUGGUAUUUCAUACAAUCAACCGAAACUAUACGGAAAUGCAUCAUGGAAUGAAAACGCUACGACUUUCGCAGACGCAUCGACAAUUGGCAAACAGACCAUGAAUGUUUUUGUAGAUGCAAAUAACACAGUUUAUGUGAUAAAUCGCGAUUCAAUUCACAUUCAGGUGUGGGCUGGAGGGAAACUUAGUAUUUCUAAAAAUAUCGCUGUCGGUAAUGCUUUACCUACCAGUCUGUUUGUUACAGACGUCGGAGGUAUCUACAUUGAUGCUGGCGACAUUGUGGGACAAGUUUCCCAAUGGUCACUAAAUACGCUCAGUAGUACACCACUGAUGUAUGUCGGACACUCCUGCUAUGAUAUCGUUGUUGAUCUUAACAAUACCAUUUACUGUGCUUUGUCUAACAAUCAUCAGAUCAUCGCUAAGUCAUUGUAUGAAUUUUCCAAUACAGUGACCCUUGUUGCCGGUACAGGAUGUAGUGGACAGGCAUCGGAUAUGCUUGGUUAUCCUCAAGGAAUAUUUGUCACUGUCAAUUUUGAUUUAUACGUUGCAGAUACUGGCAAUUCGAGAGUUCAACUCUUUCUAUCUGGACAAAAAAAAGGUGUAACUAUGGCAGGUAACGGAGCUCCGAAAACAAUUUCACUUAAAUGUCCAACCGAUGUCAUGCUGGACGCAGAUGAUAAUUUAUUUAUUUUGGAUGCUUGUGAUAAUCGGAUAGUCGGAUCGGGACCAAACGGUUUUCAAUGCAUAGUUGGUUGCUCGAACUCAGGUGGUUCAGCUGCUAACCAAAUACUUAAAAGUCAGAGUAUGGCGUUCGACAGCUAUGGCAAUAUUUAUGUCGCCGACUAUGGCAAUUCUCGUAUUCAACUAUUUACUUUGAGCAACAGUUUAUGGGGUAAGUCUUGA